GAUGAGUACAAGGCAGCACUACAGGUGAUCAGACUGUCAGCAUUACAGCAGACACACACAGAACGAGAUGGAUCACAGAGAGGAGGCUGAGGGUGAAACCAGAGUUUUAUAAAGUGAUCCACAAUGGCCACAAGUAAUAAAACGCACCUGUUGAAAACUCUGGAGCAGCUUGGGGAAAAGGAGCUGAAGACGUUUAAAUGGUACCUGCAGGAUAAAGUUCUGGAUGGGUUUGAUCCCAUCCCAAAGAGCAGGUUGGAGGGACCUGCCAGAACAGACACAGUGGAUAGGAUGGAGGAGACAUACACACUGGAAGGAGCUCUGAAGAUCACUGUGAAGAUCCUGAGAAAGAUGGAUCAGAAUAAUCUUGCUGAGCGGCUGAUGGGUGUCAGUGGUGCUGAGGAGGCUGGUGGGAACAGUUCAACUUCCUGUCUUCCUCAGGAAGUCCAGGGUUCCUCCAACACGACUGAGACUGGAGGCCAUGCUGCUGCUCCUGGUGGAAACCCCUCAGAGCCUCAUGAGGAAGCAUCCCUGAUCCCACAGCAAAGCACCUCCUCACCAACGUAAGACAGUAAACAUGUAUUUUAAUGUGGAAUCAUAAGAC